AUGAUAAAUGGUGAUCUAUUAAAAGAUAAAAGCAGUAUAUUAACUGAUGAACCCAUGAAUAUACUUAUUGGUGCAAUAAUAAUUAUAGUAAUUAUAAUAGUAUGCGUAUUCGCUGGAAUCACAUCUGGUGGCAUAUUAGGAAGAGGAAGAAUAAUAGAACAUCAAAGAAUACCAGUAACCAUCAGAAGACAGCCAGCAGAAAUAGAAGAAUACAAUAGACAAAUAGAAGAAUACAAUAGACAAAUAGAAAAAGAAACAACAAGAAGAAAAAGACGAGAAGAAGAUAGAAGAAGACAACAAGAAGAAGAAGAAACAGAAAGAAGAAGACGAGAAGAAUAUGAUAGAAGAAGAAAACAAGAAAAUGAAGAUAGAAGAAUAAAAGCAAGAAUAGAAAUGGAAACAAGAAGACAAAAACAAGAAGAAUACGAUAGACAAAUGGAAAUAAAAAUAAAGAAACAAGGUGAAGAUAUAAAAAGACAGCAUGAAGAAGAAUUAAGAAAAGCAAAAGAUAAAUUAAGACAAAUAGAACAAGAAGAAGAAACAAGAAGAAUAAAACAAAAAGAAGAAACAGAAAGAAAAAUAAAAGAAGCCGAUAUAGCCCGAACAAGAAGAAUAGAAGAAUAUAAAAAAAUACAAGAAGAAGAAAUAGAAAGAAAUAAUUUAUAUGUUAAUACUACUAGUUAAAUACGCAUUAUAAAUGUGAUUUAUUUGUAUUAUAUCUUAUAGAUAAUAUUAUUAAAAGCCAGAAACACUCUGAAAUUCUAUUAAUUUAUAGGGGGCUUAGGGGAUUAUUAUAUAAGACAUACUUUAAUACUAGGUUUAAUUAUUCUGUAUAAUUAAGACUUUGAAUUUAUUACAGGCUUAGCUUGUAUCAUAAACUAAUAAAGAG